AUGGCUGAAGCAAAGGGCAUUACCACUCCUAUGGUAAGUAGUCUCAAACUCUCCAAGUUUGGUACUGAUACUCUACCCGAUGCCACCGAAUAUCGUUCCAUUGUGGGAGCUCUGCAGUAUGUUAUCCUCAUCAAAACUGAGAUUGUAUUUUACGUUAAUAAGGUAUGUCAAUUUCUGGCCACCCCGCUUCUGUCUCAUUGGCAAGCUGUCAAACGCAUUUUGCGUUAUCUACUGAGUACUUGUCUUCAAGGCCUGCUACUGCAACCUUCAAAAGCAGUUUCCAAAUUUUCUAUUUGUGCAUAUAAUGACUCAGAUUGGGCUAGUGACUUGGGUGACCGACGGUCUACCUCUGGGUCUUGUAUUUUCUUUAGUCCUAACUUGGUCUCUUGGAGUGCUAAAAAGCAACCUUUGGUAGCCAGAUCCAUUGAUGAGGCUGAGUAUCGUGGAUUGGCUCACACCACCUCUGACAUUUUUUGGAUUCAAUCUCUCCUUGUCGAGCUCAAGAUACCUGUCACACUCCUGUGCUCUUAUGUGACAAUGUCAAUGCAGUUAUGA